GUGGAUAUAAUUUGAAAGCGUUUCAGUUUAAAUAUAGAUUUGGAUGUUUAUGUAUAUUUUAACCCAUGAAACAAAGAGGACCACCGUUUGAAGCCGUAAAACUUUCAAUGGUCAGAAAUGGACAAAUACACAGCAUGUGUAUGGCCACGUCUGGAGCCCUUUAUGAUCGGGGUGCUUCCCGCCACACCUCCAAGCAAAUUCAGCAUGCAUUAUCUGCGCAAGAUGGCCAGUUACGUCCGGACACGGGAUGGCUGUUUCCCCAGGCUCGGCUGGCACAUGUGGCGACACAUCGCUUGUGGCAAACUGCAGCUGGCAGAGGAGCUUGCCUGGCUGUAUUUUGAAACUUUUGAUCUCUUAAUGCCCCGUUCUGCAGAGCAGAGAUUAGAGUGGGCAGAAGCUCUAUCUCAAAGCCACAGUCCUAAGGAACUUGACAGACAGCAUUGUAAGCUGUCAGUAAACACUCUGCAGUUUCUACUCUUCCUGUAUCUGCAGCAGCUGAACCGAAUCUCUCUCCGCACAUCACUGAUCGGGGAAGAGUGGCCAAGUCCGAGAUCACGAUCUCCCUCUUCCUCAUCUGAAAGAGAGACCAAAAUAAGCUCCCAAAAUAAGAACUGGGACGACCAGGCUCAUCUUACUUUCAUCCAGACACACUUGGCUGAGCUCUUGGAGUUGCUAGUUGAGCCAGGCCAGCUGAGCAGUUCAGGACAGGUUCUGCGUGACAGCCAGCUCACUUCAGAGGCCAUAGAGAGCCUCAGUCUGCUGCUGGAAGGUUCUGUGAGCCACAGCCAUACUGUGCACCCAAUCCACAAGCUCCUUACCCGCUCAGCACUGCAGUCUCAGGCGGGAUUCUCCAAACUCAGCCGCACUUACUCUCUGCAGCAGUUCCAGGGGUUUCUGCAUCAGGCUCUCUGCCUCAACCCUUUCGGUAUCUCCACCUUCUCACAGUCAGGCAAGAAACUGGCAUGGUCCAUGCAAGUUGAGGGCACCUUGAAGAAAGCCAAAAUAUUCAGAAAUACCCACAUGGCUCCUCCAGGAAGUCGACUGGUGCUCAUGUCGCACGUUUGCAAACAGACAUUGGCCAAAGACUCUGAAAAGCUGAAUGAUGCUAACAUCAAACUCCACCGCUGCAGUGAGGCUUUCAUCUACCUUCUCUCUCCUCUGCGGUCUGUGACCUUGGAUAAGUGCAGGAACAGUACAGUGGUCCUCGGCCCGGUGAGGACCAGCGUCCACAUUCAGAGCUGUGAGAACGUUCGUGUGGUGUGUGUGGUUGGCCAUCUGAUUGUAGGCGGCUCCUUUCACUGCACAAUCCAUGCCCUCACCCCUACUCGACCCCUUCUCCUUCCUGGAAAUGUGUCUCUCACUCUGGGCCCCUUCCACACACAUUACCCUACUUUAGAGGACCACAUGGCUAGUGUAGGCCUAGCUGUGGUUCCCAAUUUAUGGGACCAGCCACUGCUAUUCGGAGCAGAGGGUUCCACUUCAGACGCAGGCUGCUACCACAUCCAGCCCCCCUCUGAGUUUUAUCCGCUGGUGAUACCCUUCCAAAUGGAGGGGGAUAACUGUGAGUUCCCUUGGGACCUGCCGGCAGACUACCAGAAGGCUGUGGAGGGCAGAGAGAAGGCGAUAGAGGACUGGCAGAAGACCGUGAAGGAAGCACACUUGAACAAGGUUCAGAGGCGGCAGUUUCAGGCCUUAGUGGAGCAGAAGUUUCAUGAGUGGUUGCUCGAGACGGGACAAAGACAAGAGCUAGACAGUCUUCUCCCUUCUGUCCUCACCUCCUCCACCUCUUUGGACCACUGGCCUUCAAGCCACACUUCCAACUCUGGACUAAAUGUGCUGAAAGAUCAACCACCUGAACAAGCAAUGGGACGGGCGCCAACAGUUUGCUAAGAGUGCAGCUAAACAAUCAAAACCCUCACUUUCCAAAAACUGUUUCUCAAACAUUAGUGCUCUUCCAGUACAAAGGCUGUCAAAAACAAUUCAUGUAUAUAAACAAUGCUGUAUUUAGACAAGGUCAUUGUGUCCUUUUACACUGUUGACGUCUAGAGAAAUCUAUGCUGGAUUAGUUUGUAGAGUUGCUGUGGUGUGUAUUAUUGCUGCAGGUGUUUGAUAGUUUAAGCAUAGUUACUUAUUGUUAUAAGACAUCAGUCAUUCCAGAGCUUAAUAUGUAUAAAAUAUCACCAGAAGAGAGUCGUUAUUUAAUUAAAUCGAAAAAGGGAAUGAUUACUGCCCUCAUAUGAAUUUAGAGAGAACAGGGAAUGAGAUGUGUGUAGUCAUGUACUGUAGUAAUAGACAAAUGUGUCAUAUGCUCAACUGGUACGUGGUGUAACAAAGAGUUUGCAGCUAUUGUCUCCUGAAAUCUCACGGCCAGUAUGAAUGUGUACUUUUUUUCUUUUCUUUUUUCUUAUGUAUGUUCACAAUGCCUUACCCUGUAAUUGCACUAUUACUGUAUCUUCACAAUACAGAUUCCAAAAAUGCCGUCACUUAAAAUGUCUCUUGGAUGUA